GCCCUGUUGCUCCUGCCAAACCCACUGCACUUCAAAUAAUGCAGUGACUCAUUACAGUAAACGAGAAAAGACUUUAAAUUCGGGGUUAAUAUUUUACUAGGCCUAUAAACACGUUACGGAAAGGCGAUGCGUAAAAUGGACACUUUGACGCAACUUUUGAAGGAUCCUGGCUUAUUAUGAUUUGGAUUUUGCAACGUGGAGAUUCUGAGACGCUUCUUACCUGCUCUCUGCAAAACUGCCUCUUCAGAUGACUUAAAAGUUUCUCCUAGCUGUUUCAAAAUUCAGGGGACUCUUCUCCAGACCCUGGUCAAAAUAGUGGCACGUUACUCUCACCUGUUCCUUUGACGCACUGGCUGCUCCGUGGCUGGAGGGAGCAUGGGCUCUUUUGAGUGGACACCGGGGGUCUGGAAACUGGCCAUUUUCCUUUGCAACAUAAUUCCUGCUGCAUUGGGCAAGAGACACGCUGUUUACUGGAACUCCACAAAUACAAGAUUGACCUCAGGGGAAUUGUCCAUCCAAGUGAACCUGAAUGAUUACCUGGACAUCUACUGCCCUCAUUAUCCCGACCAGGAGACAGGAGGCCCCCAGCAGCAGCAGCAGCCCGAGACCCUGGCUCUGUACCUGAUCGGACAACCAGCUUUCCAGGGCUGUGUGGAGACCAGAGGGGCCAUCAAAAGGUGGGAGUGCAAUACCCCGUUCGCCCCCUUUGGACCUGUGCGCUUCUCGGAGAAGAUCCAACGCUUCACUCCCUUCUCCCUGGGCUUUGAGUUCCUGCCAGGACACCACUACUACUACAGCUCUCUGCCCUCAGAAGAAGGCCCUCCCCUCCCGUGUAUGAAGUUGCGUGUGACCGUUUGCUGCGAGUCCACUUCAGAGGGCUCCAAGCAAAAACAAGACCUCCCUGUACGUCAGGGUCAAGCACCUUCACUGAGAACAUCUCUAAACCUGCUCCUGGCUCCUGCCCUCCUCCUCCUGCUGAUCACAUGACCAAUGACCUCCUCAUCAACCAAUCAAAUCUUUUAUGCAUCAGAAGUGAUAAAGCGGACAAUAACGCAAUCACAGUUAUAAAGUCAACCACAGAGGACCUGUUUGAGCGCGUGCUGUUUACAUGUGAAACUUUGAGGGCAGUGACUCAGGGACCAAUGAUUCAAGUGCUGUUUUUAUUGCAUUGUGGGUAAUCAAGAAUAUGCCAUAUAUAUAUACAGUGUACUUGUAUGCAAAUUAGCUUCCUGCUGUUUAGCUUCAUCAAUCAAAAGUUUAACAUAUUAUUGGUCUUGAAGUAGCUUUAUACUCAGGUCCCAUGCUGCCAACUUGGUGCUCAAACUUUGUACCAGCUUCAGUGUCUGAUAGACACGUUUCACUUCUUCAAAUCUUCAUGGUUGAGGAUAAAGGCUGCAGAACAGUUGUGUGUCGCCCCCUACUGGGAGUGCACUGGUCGGACUGGAGUUGGACUGGGUUGGUUGUGUGUCCUGUGAACAGGAGGUUUUUCUGUGUGUUUUAUGGGAAACAGGAAAGUGCUGGUGGCUUUUCAUUGGACCAUAUAUUUUUCCCAAAUUUUCUCAUAAAGGACACGGCCAAGGGAAAAUAUCUGUUUGGGAUGUACAGGGUUUACACAGUCUGUUUAAUUUUUGUACCAUUUUUUAUAUUCCAUUUCAUCAUUCCAAAAAAAAAAAAAAAAGAACAAAAAAACAUGAAAAUAUAAUUGAUAGAAUAUAUACGAUACUAGACAUAUAAUAUA